GUUCAUCUGCCUCUCACCGUCAAAAGUUUUCCAGCUUAAACCAUAUGCAAUUGCCUUCAUUCUGCGUCGAUUCUACAUCGAUUGAGCUUCUUUGCCUGCCGCGAGUCUUCAUCUCCGUGUCGAUUAACUCCCAGUGCCAGCUGAUUGCUCAAACUAUCACAUGCUCACCACCCCUCUUCUCUCGUUCCUACAACCCAAACAAGCGAUUGAAUCCGGGGUUUCUCUCCCCGGCCGCGCAAGUCUUCUUCCCGACCGAUUGUCAUCCAUUUUCUGAGAUUAUGCGCAACGGCUGGUUCUGGUGCUGCAUAGUUGUGGGUUUUCAUAGCUUUGGCUUUGUUCUUAAUUUCAGGUAAAGUAUUUAGCAUCACAAGCUACAACAUAAUUCCCAGCCCUAUAGUAAUUAUAUUUCAAAUGCAAUAAUACUCAACCUUUAAAGGUAGUAUAAUUAGUAGAACGGAUUAUUCUAUACUUGGUAUGUUAAAGUAUUAUUCACUAUGUACUCCGUAUCUUUUAUACUAAUGCAGAAUGUCAAUAAGAUUAAUAUUGUUACACUUUCAGAGUGGUUACCCAGUAUUUUACUUUUUACAAACUGAGAGUUUAAGAGUUAAUAAGUUUGAUAGCUA